CCGUGUGCAGUGGUUAAGUACCGUACAAUAUAAACCGACGUGGAAUUAUUAUUUAAGAUCGAAUGAAAAUGUGUGGAUUCGAUAAUAUCAAUAUACCUAUAUCAUAAUAUUAUAGUUACUUCGUUCGUGCGUUAUAUACAUAAGCGAUUAAUUGCCAAUUAAUUCGCGUGUGAUUUAUAUGCCCCUACAUUAAUGUGCAUGGUACAUGAGUUAAACGCACCACAAAUAUUUGAUCAAAAUGCGCUCGGUUGCAUUGACAGUAUGGUUUUUCUUAAACGUCGUACUAUUGGGAAUGUGCGGAUACAUUUAUCUACUUUGGCUACAAUAUUGGCGUCACAUAAGUGUCAAAAACCAACAAACUCAAGAAUUGACUUACACACAACAGCAGCCCUAUGUUGAGUAUUAUGACGAAGGCGAUUUUACAACUUCUCAUCAGAGAAACGGAAAUCCAUUAAUGCGGAUUAGUGAAGCGCUACUAGACAAGACGGAAAGAAUCAGGUUAUCUAAUUUCAAAAACAAAAUCAUUGCCCGUCUAAGGCAGGUAAUAAUGAAGGAAAGUAGCAACUAUGGAUCCGUUAAAAACGAGAACCCUUACAAUGUUCCGUAUAGACCGCAAGCACCGAAUAACGUCAAAAGUGACUGGACGUGUGAUAUGGCUUCCAGUGUGGAGAAAUUUAGAACAUUARAAAAAAAUGACAUUGAUCAUUUAUUGACCAAAACUAUUCCGGAUGUACCGCUGUUUGACGAUAAUGAAGUAUUCGGCACUUGUGCAAUCAUAUCCAAUGCGGCUACUCUUCGCAAUUCAAAUCUCGGAUACUUUAUAGGAUUAGCAUUGCUGUUGCCACGAUGUACGGUCGUUAACAUGUUCGAGUUCAUACCAUCUGAAAGAAUGACACAUCGGUGUCAUUACUAUCACGAAAAAGUCGACGUGACUUGUACAUUUGGGGUUUGGCAUCCACUGGCGGCGGAAAAACUGCUGAUGCUAACGGCCAACACCAUGCCCGAUCAAACAGUAUUCCAYACAGGGUUCAUCUCAAUCCCCGGUUAUAAGUCUCCGAUAUGUACUUCGUUAUAGUGACUGCAACGACGACAAAGACGUAUUAUUAUUAAUUUAUUAUAAUUGUACCUAUAUGUUUUUUUUUUUAUAAUAUGUACCUAA